AUGCGUCUCUUGGUUUGUUGGCGGAGGGAGUGUGGGGAGGACGUGGGGGCGCGCAGGGGGUGCCGACUCGUCCUCCACGACGAGUCCCGCUGGUCCCAUCAAAGCCUGCCAGCCUUUGAAGGCCUGAUAGGGAUCAAUAGGCGAGGGGAAGCGCUCCUAACAGACGGGGCGGGCCCCCGCUGCAGACCAGCGCCAAUGCAGAUCAAUGAUGAUCACCUUGAUGUCUGCUCGCUUGGGUCUCUGCUCAUGGAACCCUAUUACCGCACCGUCAAGGGCUUCAUGGUGCUGAUAGAGAAAGAUUGGAUCUCCUUUGGCCACAAGUUUGCAGACAGGUGGGACGUGGCCUAUAAAGUACAGGGGGACCUCUUGAGGAACGCCACUUACCUGCACGCCACCUUCCAGAAACCUCCUGAGGAUUAUUCCCAACAUGAGGGGACACUUCUCCAUCGAGUGGAUGGCCCAAAGCAGCCAGCCCGCCGCCACCACCGUGGCCGCGGCCUGCGGGACCGACGCCGAAAGCCUGCCCGGGUUUAUCGCCGACCGAAGAGCAAGAGCGGACCCCAUUUGGAGCGCAGAGAUGACCUCGUGCAGCAGCGAGGGUUGGAGGCGGGUUUCAGCAGCGGGACCGAGGAGGAGACGUCAGGUUACGAAAGCGAGGGCGAGCGUGGCAUCUCGCCGCCGGCCGCCCCGGCCUCCUCGCCGCCGACCCCCCCCUCGGGGAGGAGGCCCCGCACGGCCUUCACGGCGGAGCAGGUGAGCAGCUUGGAGCGAGCCUUCAAGAGGAACGCCUACCUGGGCACGCAGGACAAGGCGGAGCUCUGCAAGAAGCUCAACCUGUCGGACAAACAGAUCAGGAACUGGUUCCAGAACCGGCGCAUGAAGCUGAAGAGGACGGUCCAGGACGCGCUGGCACACGCCUGCCAGGCCAACGCCGCCUCCCACUUCACGCACUACCCCGAAAUGCAGGCGUUCAGGCCGGCGCCGUAUCCCAGGUAUCACUCGGCGCCGCCGCAAGACGCCGCCUUGGCUCACCCUCACGGCCUUCAGUACGCCUCGCCUCUGCCUCUGGACUCUCUCUACCUGCCAGGCGCCAUGUUGUCCGCCGCCACGCCCCCUCCUCUCAUGGGCUCCUACCCAGCCUACCCUCAGUACUACUGACCAGUGGCCGUAAUAUGCUUUUAUUUUGGAACAGGAAGUGUUUAUUUUUUAAUAAUGAUGUUCGUAAAAUUGAAGGGUUGUGUGCAAUAAUGUGUUGGAGGGAAUGAUUGCAAAUAAAUCA